GCAGUCCGUGCACAAAAGUCCCUAGGCCUCGUCAGCGGGACACCAGAUUACAUCCCGGUCGCUGGAUUUGAAUCGCCAGAGGUUCCAGCACGGACAUACAACUACAGCGCGGAUGGACGGCUGUACGCGUACGCUUUGCCUACCUCGGUGAAGAUUUUCCAGGCGGAAGGUGCGCAGCUUCUUCAAGAGCUCCAGCUGCCCAACAUCGUAGAGGUCAACUUUUCUCCGCGCGGCACAUACAUCUCCACCUGGGAACGACCCGUUAAACUCGAGGACGGAUCACAACACAAAAAUCUACGGGUCUUCUCUGUGUCAACUGGAGAGGAACUCAUCUCUUUUACUCAAAAGUCACAAGAAGGGUGGGAUCUUCAAUACACCAUAUCCGAGUCACAUGCCAUUCGUCUCGUCUCGGGCGAAAUACAGGUGUAUCGUCCUGCUGAGUGGUCCAAGGGAAUUAUAGACAAGCUGAAGGUAGAGGGUGCAUCGAGUGUCUCCUUGAGCCCGGGGCUCAAUCCUUCGGUGGCUGUUUUCGUUGCGGAGAAGAAGGGCGCGCCUGCAAGCAUCAAGAUUUACGGUCUUCUCUCCCUCAACAGCAAUCCUACCUGCCAAAAGACGUUCUUUAAAGCUGAUCGGGGACAGAUCAAAUGGAACACUCUGGGAACACAAGUCCUCCUCCUCACGCAGACCGAAGUCGACAACUCGAACAAAAGUUACUACGGCGAGACCGGCAUGUAUCUACUCAGUGCCGCCGGUAACUUUGACUGCAGAGUCACUUUGGACAAGGAGGGUCCUAUUCACGACUUUGCUUGGAGCCCAAAUUCGAAAGAGUUUGGAGUUGUGUAUGGAUACAUGCCCGCCAAAACUAUGCUAUUCGACCAGCGUGUGCGAACACUGUACGACUUUGGCGCCUCCCCGCACAACUUCAUCUCUUUCAAUCCGCAAGGCCGGCUCCUCGCGCUCGCAGGCUUUGGCAACCUUGCUGGAAAAAUAGACAUUUUCGACAGGCGCAACUUUAGUAAGGUGUGCACGAUCGAUGCGCCCAACACCUCCUUCUGCGAAUGGUCGCCGGACGGCCGUUCCCUCCUCACUGCGACCUUGUCUCCUCGCCUGCGCGUCGAUAACGGUAUCAAGAUCUGGCACUGCUCCGGCCCUCUCAUGCACAUCCAGUCGACGGAGGAGCUGUACCAAGUAUCGUGGCGCCCAACCGCUGUGGAAGCGGUACCCCAGUUUGGGCAGAACGUCCCCCCUGCGCCUGCUCCGAGCGAGAGUGUAAAGUCGUUUGCUGCUGUGCAGAAACCGACUCCCUCGAAGCCCGCUGGUGCGUACCGACCUCCCGGUGCCAGGGGCCUAGCGACGCCAUCGAUCUUCAAACGGGAAGACGAGGGUGGUGCACCUCGUAUGCCGACACAUGGCGCUGCUACUCCGCCGAGGGCGUAUAACCGUAGCCCAGGAUCGAUCCCUGGUGCUCCUGGGUACGGGCAGGCAACCAAUGGGAAUGGAGCGCCCCACUAUCAACAACACCAGCAGGGCGGGAGGAGGAAUAAAACGAACGGGGCUGGUGCUGGUCCGCCUGUACCUGCUGCUCCCCCUGUCGUUGAGGCGGAGACGCCGACGACGCCGGGUGUAGGUCUGGAUAGCGCGCUUGACCCCGUUGCGAAGAAGAUUAGGAACUUGAAUAAGAAGCUCAAGGCUAUUGAUGAGUUGAAGGAGAAAGCGAAGAGAGGGGAGAGGCUCGAAGCUACGCAGCUCAAGAAGAUUGAGGGCGAGGCUGAUAUUCGGAAAGAGCUUGAGAAUUUGGGGGGAUCGUUCCCUUAG